GUUCAGAAGAAAUGGAUAUCAAAUUUGUAAGCAGAAUUGGAAUAAAUUCACUUAUCAGAGAAGCUAUGCAAGCGUGGGAUUCACGUGAAUUAAGUCGUUUAGCUCACCGUCAUGGAGCAAAACCAAUUGGUUCUAUGGAUACUGAAUGUAUUACCAAUAUAUCUACUUGUAAAAGUCCAAAUGGAAAAUUAGACGUACCAUGUCUCGUUACACCUGUAUUUGGAUCAAAACCACAUGCACUUUUCAUGGAUUGUACUCAUGAUAAUGAAACCCCUCAUCAAAAACGUAUUGCAGAGGACACUUUAUCAAAUGGUGCCCUUGUAGCUAUGAGUGCCUGCGCUGUUGGUAGUGUUAAAGGUUAUGAUGAAGUUUAUCCGAAAAUUAUAGAUUUGGUAAAUGAAACAAGACCUUACUCAAUAUAUAAGAAACCAUUAGAUAUUGGUAUUGGAAGAG